AUGUCGCAGCCUUAUACGAUCUCCCUCUCCUCUCUCAGUCAGCGGGAAGCUGUCGCUGACGCCCUGUACCGAGCCGCCAUUGGCUGCGAUCAUCAUGACACGGCCCUCUUCAACUCUGCAUGGGCCGGAGAAGACGUUGUUAUGGAAAUCCACGACGACAACGAAAGAGUCAUCCCGAAUCUCUCCCUGAUCCGCACACACGUUCUUGAUAAAGUUGGUCCUAUGGAUACCACGCACAACAUCAGCAUGGUCCGUGUGAAUGUUGAGGAUGGUGCCGAUACUGCGACUCUCACUGCUACAUCAACGGCACAGCAUAGUCCUCCCGGCAAGGGCAGGGAUCCAGCCGGGCCAAAGUUCACUGUGGGUGGCGAGUACUCCGUUGAGCUUGUUAAGGGUGAAGCGGGUGUGUGGAAGAUUAAGAAAUUGGUGUUAAAUGUUAUAUGGACCCAAGGGGAUGCUUCAUUGAUGGGUGGCCCCCCAAAAUAG